GGCAGGUCAAGCAUCUGUCAAAUUUGAUUCUACCAUCGUGUCUGGUGGAUAUGACCCAGUCACAGUGCAGGGUAAAGGAAAUCACUUCCACAGUUCUCGUAUAACUAUAAACACCCUACUUCCUCCUCGACCGGCACUCAUCCGCCGAAAUGAAGCCCUCGGCAUCCAUCCCACUCCUCUUGACCAUCUUAUCUUCAUUCUCAUUGAGUGUGAAUUCCUAUCAAAUCUUCGAAUACCCGGAGUACCAAUAUAUUAGCCCACAGCUCAAUGCGCAUCGACAACUACCGAACGCCGGGACGAACUUCACCGAUAAUGUGAUAAAGUUCUGCUCCCACGACCAGGAAUGUUUUGCUUUUGCAGCUUACCUCUAUACUCAGCGUGGAAUGCGCGAAGGAGGAAAGUGUCCGGGUCUUUGAUUAUGUCAUUCGCAACUUGAUCUUCAGAUGGUUUAAGUGCUGUGCCGAGUAUAGUUACAAACACCUGCUGCGAUG